CGCGCUGUCAGCUGACUGCAGUAAAUUCACCAACCUUCGCUGCAAACAUAGACCAGCAGCUGGAGGAAUCACAUAUUCUUGUCCGUCUAUAUCUCUCCGAACUAAACAAUGGCAAGCCAGUCCCAGGGUAUCCAGCAGCUUUUGCAAGCUGAAAAAAGAGCUGCAGAAAAAGUAGCAGAAGCCCGCAAACGUAAGAACCGUCGGCUGAAGCAGGCCAAGGAGGAAGCCCAGGCCGAGAUUGAGCAGUACCGUAUGCAGAGGGAGAAGGAUUUUAAGACCAAGGAGGCUGCGGCUCUUGGAUCCCAUGGUAACUCUGCUGUAGAGGUGGACAAAGAGACUGUGGGCAAGAUGGGUAGCAUCCAGACCAGCUACCAGCAGAACCGGGAAGGGGUGCUGGGCAACCUGCUUAAGAUGGUGUGUGACAUCAAGCCAGAGAUCCAUGUCAAUUACCGUUUUGCUGGUUAAACCCCCUCAUCACAACCCCUUAUUAAACUAAGGAAACACUGAGACACUCUCAUUGCACUGCCAUCAGUUGACACAUGCUUCAUUGACACAUCUACUACACCCAUGCAUGGCACAAACCUCUUUGCCUGCCUGCUCACAACUUUCAUUUUAUACCCACAAGUUUAUUUUCUCUAUAAAUAUAAUCAACAGAUGUGUAUAUGAUUCAAAUAGGUAUACAUUUGUCCAGUCAAAUAUAAAGCAUGUUCACUCUGUUGGUUAGUCAAAGCAGGCAGAGGUUCUUUUGGUCCUAUGCAGUGUCUCUGUUUCCCAUCUUCAUCGCUUGUAGUAUCAAGGUUUUUAUAUAAAGGUUAGUGUGUGUGUCUUGCUAUGCAAUGUUUAUUAAUAUGGACAUAUUGUUCUUGUUUUCUUUGUGGAGACCAAAAUACAGUGCUUAUUUCACUUAAUGGACUGUUAGGCCUGGGGAAAAAAGAUUGCUGUUUUGUUUGAAAGUUUUCCUGCUGUCCCAAUUUGAUUCUUCAUCUCUAUGAAUAUAUUAUCCUGUAUAGUAGACAUUCUUCUGUUCACAAAUAUUGUGACUUUAUUAAACUAAGUGUUCUUGUGGUUUAUUCUUGAAUGACUGAAGUGACCAUAUCCUGUUUUCCUAAUUGAUUUCCUAAAUUCUACAGCUAAUGUAGAGUAUGCUAGAGGUUGUGAGAUUCUUCACCCCAAGUGCCCUGUGGUAUGUUGUCCAGCUAGACUGUUGGAACCAGCCUGAUUGCUCUGUUCACUGAAAUAGAAUGGGGAAUGCAGCAAUAAGGCUGGUUCCACCAGACCAGACUUGUCCAGCAGCCCAAUACAGGAACACUGGAACAGACCAAAGAAAGCAGAACAACUGCAGCCAUGUCUGUGACUUCUGAAUAAGACAUCAUACAUUGUUGACAUUUACAAUUUUGAUAUAGUUGCCCCUGCUGAGUUUACAUGCCUUUUGUGCUCAAUAAAGUACCACUUUUAUCCUC